CUGGUACAGAGACCAGCUAAAGGCAAACAUGUCUCUGACUGAAGUUUACAAGAAAAUUAUAGAAGAAAGGUGGAGUGAAAUGAACGACAAGAACAAGAUAGAGGAAAACGAUAUUCCUGAGGAAUUUCUUGAUUCUUUGAGCAAAUUAGCUUUCAAUAAACUGUUUUCACCAAAUGAGGAUGAUACCAUUGUUUUUGGCAUUCCAAAGGAUCAGUUAGAGAAAAAGUACCAACGAUUGUCUCUUGAAUCUGGCAUCAUGUCCUGUAGUAGUAAAAUAGGUGAAAGAUUUGUGUCCUUCCAAUUUUUGCACAAAACGCUUCAAGAAUACUUGUCAGCAUUGUAUCUGGCGAAAAGCAGCAGAUCAGAUCUGAUCAAGCAUUGUCAACACGUCCAGGAAGUGUAUAGCCAUAGCAGAAGAGAAGGCGUGCUUAGCAUGCGUCAGAUGUUUCUGUUUCUAUGCGGCAUGAACAUUACUGCUGUCGAAGUGUUUUCGAAGACAUUGAAUGAAGUAUUCACUUACGGCUUUUCAGAAAAUAAAGCAGUAGCUUUACAAGAUAUGAUACUGCAAGGCUAUGAUGAAGCGGAGAGAAGCGGGCACGCCGGAGCGAAACUCUGUCUGCAGCAUGUCACCCUCGGUGAUUAUGGUCAAAUUCUUUGGGAUGGACGUAAAAAAAAUCGAUUUAAACAACACAAGCAAAUAUUGAAACAUUGCUUGGAUAAAAAUAAGCCCACUCUUGUAUCAUUAUUUAUGAGAGGCGAAAGCGACAUUUCUGAUGUGUUGCAGGACAAGAAUGAUUCAAGUGUUUUAGAUUUAGAGACUUGCAAGAAUCUUAAAUAUGUUGUAUUAGAGGAGUGUCCAUAUACAGAUAUUAACUUAUUGAGCUGGAAUGGAUUAUUAAAAUGCAAAAUACAUCUCAACGGUGGACCAGCAAAUAAACUGGUAACUUCAAUUCUGUCCUCAGAUGUGACAUGUUUGAAAAUACUCUCAAUAAAAUGGACUGGUUGGGAGCCGAAAGCCCAGGAAAUCUUCUCGAAACUUAAACACAUUGAACAUCUAGACGUCAUAUGGCGUUACCCUCUACCAAAUGAUUCGAAAUUUGAUCUUGAUCUUCGACAUCUCGAACAACUCAACACACUCUCCUUACAGGGACUUGCUUUCUCAGACGUUGUUAUUCUACAUAUGCUCAAUCUUCACAAGUUGAAGGUCAGCUUUAGCACACAAACAAGAGCACCACGGUUAAUGGCGGCGUUAUUAGCACAAAGCGACGAUUCACUCAGUCCAAAUCUGGACGGGACGCCUUCUACCCUUACGGAUGUUGAAUUGGGAAACAUGAUCUUAUCAGCAGGAGCGUACAGACGUCUCGUUAGAUUUGUGAUACAGUCGGGACAUUAUGUGAAUUGUAAGUUAUCGUUGUGUAAAUUAGAGCUUGAAGAGGACAUGAGACAGCUGCAGGUGGGGAUUGAGAACCAGUCCGCUCUUCAGUUGGUUGCUCCACAGCCCGUCUCAUCUGACUAUACAACAUACAUUUCUUCAAGUUGUAUGGUCAUAUCAGUAGGAGAGUUCAGACGUCUCGUUAGUAUUGUGACACAGUCGGGACAUUCUGUUAACUGUGAGUUCUCUUACUGUACAAUAAAGCUAGAAGAGGACGUGAGACAGCUGCAGGUGGGGAUUGAGAACCAGUCCGCUCUUCAGAUGGUUGCUCUACAGCCCGUCACAGCUGACUAUACAACAUACAUUUCUUUAAGUGGUAUGGUCAUAUCAGUAGGAGAGUUCAGACGUCUCGUUAGUAUUGUGACACAGUCGGGACAUUCUGUGAAUUGUAAGUUAUCGGUGUGUAUAUUAGAGCUUGAAGAGGACAUGAGACAGCUGCAGGUGGGGAUUGAGAACCAGUCCGCUCUUCAGUUGGUUGCUCUACAGCCCGCCACAGCUGACUAUACAACAAACAUUUCUUUAAUUGAUAUGGUCAUACCAGUAGGAGAGUUCAGACGUCUCGUUAGUAUUGUGACACAGUCGGGAAAUUAUGUGAUUUGUAAGUUAUCUUGCUGUACAAUAGAGCCUGAAGAGGACGUGAGACAGCUGCAGGUGGAGAUGGAGAACCAGUCCGUCGUGAAACUUGUGACGCCCUUUCAUCUUGAAUUUUGCGAUGAAUAUUUGGUUGAGUUCCACGUAAACGUAAAAGAGUCAACGGAACCGGAAGUGCCCCUCCAGGCUUCCGGAAGUAGCCCCCCUUGCUCCGACACGUCCACGCAACCAGAAGUAGCCCUACAGGCUUUCGGAAUUAACUCCCCUUGCUCCGCCGCGUCCACGAAACCGGAAUUGUCCGACCAGGCAUCCAGAAAUAACGCCCCUUGCUCCGUCGCGUCAACGGAACCGGAAGUGUCCCUUCAGGCUUCCGGAAGUAACUCCCCUUGCUCUGUCGCCUCCACGGAACCGCAGGUGUCCGUCCAGGCUUCUCCGUCGCGUCAACGGAAACGGAAGAGUCCCUUCAGGCUUCCGGGGGAAACUCCCCUUGAUUUGUCGGUUCCGAAAAAGCUAAGCUGACGCGUUUUCAGGAAGCACGAGUUUUUUUUAAAGCUUUGGAAGCAAAAAAUCAAAGUAAACCUAAAUUCUAAGGAACGAUGUGUUUUAUAGUUUUGUACAAGUUUAUUUUCCGAAGAAGAAUUCUUCAAAAACGGUGUAAGUUGCUGAUUUAUGAGAAACAAAAUUAAUGUGUUGCUGGAAAUGUUAACACUUCAUGUCAUUCUGUUCAUUGCCUUAUUGAAAAAUAAUGGUAAAUAUAUCGUGAUAAACUCACCGUUUGAAUCCGUAAAUUUAUCUAAAUGUCUUCAGUGUUUUUCUCAGGUUAGCUUGUUUAACACUAAAAUAUAGAAACGUAUGCCCAAAUAGUUGGAAAGAAAAAGCAAUGACGUAAUGUUAGCUUAAAUAUCAAUUGCUUAAUAUUUUGAAUGGAGUUUAAGCUUUUCUUUCAUGUUGUUUGCCUGUGGUUAUUGAAAAAUAACGAUGACUUAUAUCACUGAUUAUCUCAUGUCCGAUUAACUGUUAUAAAUUGAAUGUUAACGCACACAGUGCUAUGAUGAAAAAACAACAAUGACGUCAUUUCCGGUAUGAAAUCGUUUUGCUAACAUUUGGCGAUAUUUUUAAAGUAAAGAUCAGAUCAUUAUUAUUUCUCAUAAAAGGUCAGCAUUAAAUAAAGAGAAUGUGUGUGAUUUUCAGUGUAAGAUUGUUAUAUAGUUCACCUCGUUCACAACAAUGUAAAUAAUUUGCUUUUGGUGUUCACUCAAGUAAUAUAUAACUGUCGUACACUAAAAACAAACAAGUACCCUCUGUACGUAUUGUAUGUGAAACUGAUUCUAAAGUGUGUGGUUGCUGUAUAUAUGUUUGUUUUUGCCUUGCACGUUAAAGCUGCACUCUCACAAAUAUACCGUUUUAACAACUUUUUUUAUUUUUUGUCUUGGAAAGAGCAAAUUUUUGCGUAAAUAUCUGCAAACCAAUGAUAAAAGAUUGCUGACAAAAGAUCAGAUAGCAGAUUUUCAUAUUUCCAUUCAAAAAUGAAUG